CAUGCGAGCAGUUCCCGUACAGAAGCAGUACCCGUAUUUUUUGUAUAAACGCUUGAUUUUUACUUACAUUCUUUGAUCAUUGGUAUCCGAUCACACAGACGCUUGUACUGGACAACAUCAAAGUGUAAGUUCCGCAGUAGGUAAACAAAAUUUACAUUUUUAAAUCGUAUAAACCUGUGUGUUGUCAAAAUUUGACCUUGUAAACUUGGGGACUUCCGAUUUUUGUGCGCAUGCGCAGAAAAACCGCCUCAUGAGGCCCGUAAUGUGGUUCUCCAAUAAUACCUGCCGGGAAUACACAAGCAGACGACUCAAUAAAACUUGUUUAAUAUUAAAAGAAUUGUCAUUUGUAAUCGAAGUAUAAAUAAAGUAAUUACUUUUAAAUGUGAAUUAUUGCAGUAGGAAAAUGAAAAAUGCAGAGAACUUUAAAAUAUAGAUAGGGGGGAGGUUAUCGUCAAUUUUUUAAUCCAAGGGAGUUAACUGUGGUAGUCAAGUGCCCUUUUCCCUUCCCUCAUUUACCUCCCUUGCAUUGUUAGGUACCGCUUGAAUUGCAAACUGCUUUUUAGUUUAUUAUUUUAGGGCCCUUUAUACCAAUAUAUUCCAUUUUAAAUUUUAGCUUUAAAAUGCAAUCUAGAAAAUACACAAAAGAAGCAUUUCAAAAUGCACUGUCGGCUGUGCGGCAGAAUAGGCUGAAAGUCAGACAGGCUGCCCAUGAGUACAGUGUACCAGUGACAACUUUGUAUGAUCAUGUGAGGGGUGUUUAUAAGUCUAACCAGCAAGGGCCAGCUAGACAACUAACACAAGAGGAAGAGACAAGUAUUGUCAAUUAUCUGCUUAACAUGGCACGGCACGGAUUACCAAUGACACGUGCUAUGAUACGGUGUUAUGUGGUAGAAAUUGUUAAGAGAUCAGGUCGCAGCAGCCUGUAUAAUUUGGAGAAGGGUCCGUCGGACGAGUGGUUCCGGAAAUUUUAUAAAAGGCAUCCGGAACUGUCGGAACGAAAGGCUGAAAACCAGGACAGGAGUAGGACCAGAAUGUCCAACCCGAAAGUGGCGACCGAUUACUUUACUCUUCUGCAAAAAGUCCUUGGUGAAAAUGGUUUAACAGACAAACCUGCACAGAUUUAUAAUUGUGACGAAACGGGCUGGUCCGGGAAAGAGGCAGUGAGAACAAAGGUUGUAGGUCCAAAGACAGGACAUGUCUUUUCGCAGAAGGUCACCACUACCGACCACAUCACAGGACAUUUGUGUGUAUGUGCAGAUGGAACAUUCCUCCCAUCAAUGGUUAUAUUCAAGGGUUCCCUUCCGCACAGAACAUACAACGAUGGUAUACCCGACUCUUGGCUCUUUGCCUUCAGUGAGAGCGGGUAUAUGGACGGGGAUUUGUUCUAUCAAUGGUUUGAAAAGAUAUUUUUGGUACACUGCUGCAAACAAAGACCAGUAUUAUUAAUUAUGGACAAUCAUGACUCGCAUAUCACAUUGAAAGUAAUAGAAAAGGCCAUUGAAAAUGAUGUUAUCUUAAUGGGAUUACCUGCACAUACAACGCAUUUUUUACAACCUCUAGAUGUUAAGUUUCCGGUUGUCUUGAAAUACUCGGUAGACCAAACCACGCCGUCGUCUGUUCAGAACGCAUUUCGAGAGACCGGAAUACAACCAUUCAACCCAGAUGCCAUUGAUAAAAGCCAGCUUGUUCCUUCAUCGUUUGAUGUAACACAAGUAACGAAACUGAGCAACACAAGUCAAGUAAUACAACUUGUGAAACAUGUGGAUUUUUUUCUUGUUAAUCCACUUGUAAGCCAGGGACUUAUCCCACAAAGAAUGGCAAACAUUCUGGUACCGCCGCCAUCAAAACCAUUCGUGCAAAAAAAGACACGUAUGGUACCCAGUGCGCGGGUCCUUACUGGAGAGGAAAUGCUCAUGCACCUUAAGGAAAAAGAACAGCUUACACAGAAGAAAAAGCAGGAAAUGGAGACAAGGAAACGGAACAGAGAGGUGCGCCGGGAAGAGAAGCAGAAGGAAGUAGAGGAAAGGAAAUUGAAAAGGCAGAAGAAAGAAGAAGAGAAACAAAAGAAAACUGAAGAAAAAACUGUGAAACAGGAAUUAAAACGUAGACAGAAGGAAGAGAAAGCUCGGGAGAAAGAUACUAUGGCUGAGAGAAUAGCUGCUAGUUAUGUUUGUGGUGUUUGUGGUGUUCAUGGGAAAAUUGAUGAUGAAGUUAAUGAUAUAUUUUGGUAUGGGUGUGAUGAAGAUAUGUGUGGGAGGUAGUAUCACGAAGGAUGUUUGUCGGAAAAGGAAAGGGAAGAUAUUGUUUCUAGAUGGAUGAUGGGGUUAAUUGGUACUGUAUGAUGUGUAAACCGUGGCUGUACGAGGAAUGAGUGAAUAUUUUUGUAAUGAGCUGAAUGUAGUAUGUAGAUAAAAAUGAUCGAUGUUGGCGAAUUGAUUUUGAUUAAUUAUUUUGCUAUAAAUGUAAAAAUCUAUUUAAAUAUUUGCUACUUUCGCAUUCGACAUUUAUUGCUAUUGUCAAUCCUUUGCAUUCAAGAUUCAAGAUACGGUAGCAGAAUAUAGUGCGUUCAUUUUAUAUGUUUAUGUGUCGGGAUACAGGUACCGGAUAAAUCUACCGGCGCUUAUUAUACGCCGUAUAUUUGUUUACUGAAAUAUUCAUUAAACUUAAUGUCAAUGGUUUUAUUUUUUAUUUAUUGAUGAUUAUAACUUAGUCAAAGAACUGACAUUACAAUAUAGAACUUGUGUUUUUUUUUUCUUCACGCAUACAAUCCCU